ACGCACAGAAAUAUCACUGACGUGUCCACGGACAGGAAACUACUUCAAGAGUUCAUGAUUAUUCUUGGUUUGCACAAGAACAUCAGUUGAAAACAACAGUGCUUGACGAAUUGUGUCAAUUACGGUGUAAUUUGUAAAGCAACGAAAUUAUGGCAGUAUUGCUAAACACAUUUGUGAACUCUUUCACUAAGAGAUUGGAACCUCCUGUUAGGCAACACUUGAAAAAUGUCUACGGAUGUCUCUCCAUGUCAACAUUAUCAGCUGCUGCAGGAGUUUACGUUCAUAUGUUCACAAAUCUUUUACGAGCUAAUUUAUUAACAACCCUUGGUACAUUGGGUCUACUUUUUGCUUUAACUGUUACACCAGACAAUGGAAAAAAUCAGAAGUUACGACUUAGCUAUCUUUUGGGAUUUUCAUUCCUUUCUGGGCUUGGUUUGGGUCCUUUACUUCAAUUGGUCAUAAAUAUUAAUCCUAGUAUUGUAGUAUCUGCACUAUUAGGAACAACUAUUGUGUUUGUAUCAUUUAGUAUUUCUUCUCUUCUGGCUGAGAGAGGACGUUGGUUGUAUCUUGGUGGUACCUUAAUUAGCUUGCUAAAUAUUAUGGUUGUGUUUUCAUUUAUCAGUCUAUUCCUACAUUGGUCCUUCAUCUAUCAAACUCAUUUAUAUAUUGGACUGUUCUUAAUGUGUGGUUUUGUUAUUUAUGAUACACAAUAUAUGAUUGAGAAAUACUAUAUGGGUAACAAAGAUUUCAUUCUACACUCUCUAAAUUUAUUCCUGGAUUUCAUUGGAAUUUUCCGCUACCUUGUUAUAAUUCUUGCAAGAAAGGAAAUGUCAGCGUCUCAACGUAAACGCCAAGAUUAAAUAAGAGCAAAGAAAAAUAUAAAAUAUCAUACCAUUCAAGUAAAUCCAUGAAUUAGAGGUCUUCAUCUUAUCUAUCCAUAUAUAAAACAUAUAUUUACUAUGAUAAAAUGAAUUUAAAUAAUCAGCUUAUUAAUUAUAUUGGAAAAUUUGUAGACAUGCGUUGGCCAUAAAGACGCAAUGUAUUUUUAUUUCGAAUUACUUGUUUGUCUUAAUUACCUAUUAUUACCUAUUACUAUUAUUUAUUAGAU